AAGAAACCAAGCAUAUAUAAAUAUAGAGCGUGUGAGUAGAGAGAGAAUAAAUACCACUGUACUUACUGAGUUCGGUUUGAUGGCUCCAGCAAGUCCACGUGUGGUGGUGAAGGUGGAUUUGAAGAAGAAGCCAUGGCAGCAGAAUCAGCCUCUGCAUAAUAGAUGGCAUCCUGAGAUCCAACCAGUUGCAGAGGUCAAGGUUGGUGAGUUGUUUAGGGUGGAAAUGGUUGACUGGACCGGAGGUGCAGUCAAAGACGAUGGUUCUGCUGAUGAUAUUAAGAGCAUAGACCUCUCUACUGUUCAUUACCUGAGUGGGCCGAUCAAAGUUGUGGAUGAGGAUGGUGUUGCAGCCAAGCCAGGUGAUCUUCUUGUUGUUGAGAUAUGCAAUUUGGGUCCUCUUCCAGGAGAUGAAUGGGGAUUCACUGGUUCAUUUGAUAGAGAGAAUGGUGGCGGUUUCUUGACUGACCAUUUCCCUUGUGCGACCAAAGCUAUUUGGUACUUUGAAGGCAUUUAUGCUUACUCUCCUCAAAUUCCAGGAGUACGGUUUCCGGGUUUGACACACCCAGGAAUAAUUGGCACAGCUCCAACAAAAGAACUCCUGAGAAUAUGGAAUGAAAGGGAAAGACAAUUAGAGGAAAGUGGUGUCAAGUCCUUAACACUAUGUGAGGUUGUGCAUCAGCGGCCACUGGCAAACUUACCAACAAGUAAAGGAUGCCUUCUAGGGAAUAUUGAAGAGGGAACAGUGGAAUGGGAAAGGGUUGCGAAGGAGGCUGCGAGGACAAUCCCAGGAAGAGAAAACGGAGGAAACUGUGACAUAAAGAACCUAAGCAGAGGCUCUAAAAUAUACCUUCCAGUGUUUGUAGAAGGGGCAAAUUUAAGCACUGGUGAUAUGCAUUUCUCGCAAGGUGAUGGUGAGAUCUCCUUCUGCGGUGCCAUCGAGAUGAGUGGAUUUCUAGAACUCAAGUGUGAAAUCAUAAGAAACGGGAUGCAAGAGUACCUUACACCAAUGGGACCAACCCCUCUCCAUGUAAACCCGAUCUUUGAGAUAGGUCCAGUGGAACCGAGAUUCUCAGAGUGGCUGGUCUUUGAGGGUAUCAGUGUCGAUGAGAGUGGGAGACAACACUACUUAGACGCAACAGUUGCUUACAAACGAGCAGUUCUCAACGCCAUAGACUAUCUCUUCAAAUUCGGCUACUCAAAAGAACAGGUAUACCUCUUACUCUCAUGUUUCCCAUGCGAAGGGAGAAUAUCUGGGAUAGUCGAUUCUCCAAAUGCAGUUGCUACACUUGCAAUACCCACUGCCAUCUUUGAUCAGGAUAUUCGGCCAAAGACUCGAAAUGUUCCGGUAGGACCUCGAAUACUGAGGAAACCAGACGUUCUGAAGAGCACAUAUGAUGGAAAACUUGCAAUCACAAAGAAUCCAAAUUCUUCCUCUUAGCUUCUACAACAAAAAAAAAAAGAUCUAAAAGCUAAUACCAAGACUGUAAAAA